AUGUUGGAAGGCGUGGUUGCAAACCUGCUCAACAGGUUUCUGGGCAUAUACAUCAAGAACUUCGACGGGAAACAACUGAACAUUGGAAUAUGGUCGGGCGAUGUUAAGCUUCAUGAUCUCGAAUUGCGCCGAGAGGCACUCGAUCAACUUCACCUUCCCCUCAACGUCGUCGAAGGACACAUCGGGCAGCUAACAUUGUCCAUCCCAUGGUCGAAUCUACGAGGAAAGCCGGUCAAGGUGGAAAUUGAGGAUGUAUUUCUGUUGGCAGCGCCGAAAGUCGAAACCGACUACGACCCAGAGGAGGAAGCGAAGAGGGCUCACGCUAUCAAGAUGGAUAAACUCGAGAGUGCAGAAAUUCUGCGUGAGCGUAACGCGGAAGGAAUGACUCAGGAGGAACAGAAGAGAAACCAAAGCUUUACACAGAGCUUUACGACUGCCAUCGUUGAUAACCUGCAGAUAUCCAUCAAGAAUGUCCAUAUUCGAUACGAGGACUCUAUUGCCUCACCCGGUCAUCCCUUCGCUGUCGGCAUGACUUUGAAAGAACUGAGUGCUGUGAGUACAGACUCGGAAUGGCAUCCUACUUUCAUUCAAUCUACGUCUGGCACAACACACAAGCUAGCAGUUUUAGGAGCUUUAGCUGUCUACUGGAAUACCGACACGGAGUUACUGGGUACAGGAAGUGGCGCAGACUUUGGGGCAGAAGCCCAAGGUAUACCGCAUACAGAGCUCAUGGCAAAGCUCAGAGACGGUAUUGAAUUAGACGAGAAAAACCAGUAUAUUCUCCGACCAGUGAGUGGUCGUGCUGGGCUCGAGAUGGACAAAACGGGAAAGCUUGACAGGCCAAGAAUGAAAACACGCCUCUUGUUCAAUGAGUUGGGUUUUGUUCUUGAUAGUGACCAGUACCGUGACACAUUGAUGCUGGUAGAUCUGUUCCAUUACUUUCUCCGCCACCAAGAAUAUAAGAAAUUACGACCUUCAUCAAGCCCGAAGGAGGACCCGCGAGCUUGGUUCCGAUUUGCCGGAAAUGCAGUCCUAUCAAAGAUUCAUGAAAGGAACAGGGUAUGGACUUGGGACUAUAUCAAAGAACGCAGGGACGAUCGACUAGCCUACAUCUAUCUGUUCAAGAAGAAGAAAAGAGAAGAGGCACUUACCGCGGAUCAGAACUCAGAGAUGGGUGAACUGGAAAGGAAAUAUACGUAUGAAGAUCUACGCUUUUGGCGCUCUCUAGCACGAAAUCAGCUACGAAAAGAAAACGUUGGUGUCAAAAAACCAGGAAGAGCCCAGACAUGGAGCGAAUGGAUGUGGGGAGCUAACAAACAAGAGGAGGAUGAAACAGAAACAAUGACAGACGAGCAACGUCAGGAACUAUACAAUGCGAUUGACUGGGACGAGAAAAAAGCUUUGGCUGAGAGUGUAGAACUUCCCAGAGAAUCAGUCAAGUUACAGGUCAAUUCAAGUCUCAGAGCUGGCAGCCUGACCUUGAAACGUGAUCCGCAUGGCGCGGCAACGGAAGUUAUGAAGCUUGUGUUCGAUAAUUUCAAAGCCAAAGCUUUACAGAGACCUGAUUCGUUCUUUGUUGAUCUGAAUCUUGGUGGCUUGAGGGUAUACGAUGGAACUACGGAAGGUACCAUUUUUCCUCAGAUCGUACGGGUCAAAGACUCCCCAGGGCAGAUAGAGAAUGUAUCGUCAGGGGAGUCGCAGGAGUUAGAAUAUGAGGAAGACUCGGACGACGGGCAAGAUGACAGCUUGUUCCACCUCCAAGUCGAACAGAACCCACUCGAAAGCGACGCCGAUACCGCUGUCAAGGUAAAGCUCAAGAGUAUCGAGGUCAUCUACAAUCCCAGAUUUGUCGUUGAGGUUGCCCGCUUUUUCAAACCUCCUGAGCGACAUAUGGAGUCUGUAGGGGCUCUUCUUGACUCUGCCGGGGCCACAGUGCAAGAAAUCAGGCAACAAACUCGCGCAGGUCUUGAGUACGCUCUUGAAGCGCACAGGAAAGUAGACACCCAGUUUGAUCUGCAAGCUCCUCUCAUAAUCAUUCCUGAGAGUAUCACAGAAGAAGGCGCUCUUUGUCUGAUUCUUGACGCGGGUCAUAUCAGAGUAAACAGCGAGCUUGUCGAUAGAGGAACCAUGUCAGAUUUACAAUCCAAGCAGAAGAGGCAGUAUAACGAAGAAGACUACAAACAACUGGAGGAGCUUCUCUAUGACAAGUUCUUGAUCAAGCUCGAUUCAAUCCAGUUGCUCAUCGGCCCAAACAUCGAGGCUACCAAAGCGCAACUCACCUCAGACGACCCGACCAAAGACCUCCAUAUUGUCGAUCGCAUAAAUGUGGAUUUUGUCCUCGAACUCUGUAUCGUCCCCAAGACAACCACUCUCACCAGAACGCGGGUUUCCGGUCAUUUACCAGAGUUGCAUGCCUCAAUGUCGGAUUCGAAGUAUAAGAAUCUGAUGAAACUUAUAGACAUAGCUAUCCCACGCUUUGAAGAACAUGGAGGUGAACAACCUAACCGUUCCAAAGCAAUCGUUGAUAAAUCUUCCGAACAGGAAGCAAGGAAUAGAGCGAGAUCAGCAUCAUUCCAGCCUUCGACUAGAAGAGAUAUUCCGCUACUUGACGAAGAAUCUGAUUCAGAAGACUCUGGGAAACGUCAAGUUGCAAAGAAAGAAGAACAGCCCAUCAACUUGCACCAACGUAUGUUUGAGUUCAAGUUCACAGUGGGAAAGCUCCGUGGAUCCCUUUUCAAAUCUGAUCCAAGAGAAGCCAAGUCUGACCAGUUGUUGGCCGAGCUGGUUGCUGAAGCCUUUGAAUUAGACUAUUACCUUCGACCAUUUGACAUGGUAGCUGAGCUGACCUUGAAAUCUCUCAGCGUGGACGACUACAUAGAACAGAAUCCGACACCAGAAUUCAAACAGAUCGUUUCCUCCAAGGGCUUCAAUGCGGAGGAAGAUAAGGAUCUGUUUAAUCUCAAAUUUGUUCGAGUCAGACCGGACUCUCCAGAGUUUCAUUCGACGUAUGAGGGAGUGGACAUGAAUCUUGACAUUGCGGUGUCUACAAUCAAUAUCAUAGUCACCAGAAGGACGCUUCUGACACUGUUGGAUUUCGUGCUGCUUACUUUCACCAAUCCUGAACAGCCCCAAGCGGUCGAUCAAUCGGCAAAUAGCACUGCCGUUGACGUUUCUCAAGGGCAGCCGGAAUUGCAAGAGGUUCGCAAGAUCAGAAUCAAGUCACAGUUGAAGAGUAUUGCGUUGAUAUUGAAUAACGAUGGAGUGAGACUUGCAACUCUAAGUCUAAAUACUGGAGACGUUGGCAUCUUCUUAGUUGGUCGUGCUAUGCAGAUCCAAUCUCGAAUCGGAAGCCUGACUCUGGUUGAUGACGUGAAUGUUGGCGCAUCAGAGAACUCAUCUCUCAGAAGACUUAUGACAAUCGAGGGCGAGAACUUUGCCGAUUUCAGAUAUCAGACCUUCGAUCCUGACUCCGCAGAAUAUCCUGGUUAUGAUUCUGAAGUAUUCCUGAGAUCGGGAUCAAUCAAGAUUCAGCUUUUAGAAGAGCCAUAUCGGAAGAUUGUCAAUUUCUUGGUUAAGUUCGGAAAGAUGCAAGCCAUAUUUAAUGCAGCUCGACAGGCGGCAGCCAGCCAGGCAAACCAACUCCAAGAAAAUGCUUCACGUAUGCGAUUUGAUAUCAUUGUGCGCACCCCAAUAGUGGUCUUCCCAAGAGCUAUGUCAGAAAUCAAGCAGCGCGAUACUGUUACAGCAGAGCUCGGAGAAAUUUAUGCAAACAAUACUUUUGUUCCCCUCGAUGAUCGGAAAGAUAGCCCAGCUGUCAAUAUGAUCACGACUGGUAUUCGCAACAUUCGCCUAACUUCUGAUUUGUACUAUGAUGAUGCCACACACGAGCAAUUGGAGAUGAUUCAAAAGGUCAAUCUUGACUUUAGUAUCUGCUACCUCGAACACCAACCGGAUCAACCUCGUCCUGACAUUGAGGUAGAGGGAACAAUGUCUCCAAUCAAGCUACGGGUCUCCCAACCACAACUCAAGUUCCUAUUAGAAAUUUUGAAAACUGUACCGGGGGUUUUCACUCCAGAUGUUGGCCAGCAGGAACUUGAAGCAAUGCAGUCACUUCCUUCAAUCAGUACGCAGACUGAGGAGCAAAAUUCAGAAGUUCAGCAAACGGCAAAGCCAGCGAAUCAAAAUCCAACUAACAGCUCAGAAAAGGAUACAUGGGUGAAACUUGAUAUGAUCUUCAAGGUAGAAAGCGUUGGCUUGGAGUUGCUUUUGGCCAAAGAGAACAAACCUGUCGGCCAUAUAGAGGAUGCUAGUCUGUCCAGGUUCUCCUUGAACAAUACCGUGGUGAAACUACGCAUGUUAAGCGAUGGUGCCUUGGAAUUGGAGCUCUUGAUACACUCCUUUUCAAUCAGGGAUAGCCGCGCUCAAGAGACGAACAAAUUCCGGAAGAUCAUGUCGCUCAUCAAUAACGAUGUUCAGCAGCAGUUCAUGGCUAGCAUCUCCAUGUCGCCGGGACCUAAGAAACAUGUUAUCGCCAUGGUUACCAUUGACAGUCCACGCAUCAUACUUGCGCUUGACUAUUUGAUAGCACUGCAGGUAUUUGCGAGCGAGGCAUUUGCCCAAGAUCAGCCCUUGGAAAUAGAAGAAAUCGAUGAGACGCCCGAGGACUCCGAUGCCAUGUCUAUCACUACGGUCAGCGGCAACAAGUCAUCUGUUGAUGAGCAAAGAUCACGCACCUCUCCAGAAGAACAGCAAAUAACUUUCUCGCUCAGAGCUGAUAUCGUUGACGCUCAGGUCAUCAUGCUUGCCAACCCUGCCAUACCAAACACCGAGGCAAUCGUUCUCGGUACAAAACAGGUGCUAUUUUCCCACCAAAACGUCUCUACUCUGCAAAUCAACAAAGUUGGCAUGUUCCUCUGCCGCAUGGACAAGUUUGAAACAAGUCGGCUGCGAAUAUUGGACGACUUUACUCUGGAAUUAUCUGUGGAUAGCCGCGCACAAGACAAGGGAUCGGCUCUGAUCAGCAUUGAUGUUCAUGUAGAGCCGCUUGUCUUGAGAUUAUCCUUGCGUGAUAUUCUCCUUGCCACUCAGAUCAUGAACAAGGUGUCGGAAAUGAGAAAACCGCCUGAAGUCGAAAAGAGUGAUGAGCCACAAAAAAUCAAGGAUAUCAAAGGCACUGACAAGAAAUCAAGGAGACGUUCCACGAUAGGAGGGAAGAUUGGCUCAACCACAGGUUUGAAGGCAAGAAGUCAUUUGAUUCCAGAACAAAGGCUCACACCACAGCAAUCUGCUAUCAUUAGAAGGGAAGAACUAGGUGCUCAGUUUGAUGGCAUCAGAGUCAUUCUCAUUGGAGAUCUUCACGAAUUGCCCUUGCUUGAUUGGAGCAUCAAGAAAUUCAAUGUUGAUGUCAGAGACUGGUCGUCCACUUUGAAUGCUGAUACAUCGUUUGACACUUUCAUCAAUGUCUAUAACUUUUCAAAGUCGGCCUGGGAGCCUCUCAUUGAACCCUGGCAGCUUGGAUUCCACAUGUCCAAGGAAGUAAAUCCGGAUGUCUUCUCAGUCGAGGCAUUCUCCUAUAAAAAUAUGGAUUUGACACUGACCUCUUCAACUAUCGCUCUCGCCUCCAAGUCAUUCCAAUUCCUCAACACCGACGAAGAUGUUUUGUCCAAACCUAGAGGAGCCGAUGCACCAUACAGGAUCCGCAACUACACUGGAUUUGACCUUCAAGUGUGGGCAGAUGUCGAAGUUGGUGAGAAUGGGCCAACCGCUAAACUGAGCGACGGCGAAGAGUAUCCCUGGCGCUUUGAGGAUGCAACCACGAUGCGUGAAAAUCUCACACCGGAGGGUAAUGCAGGCUUGGUGGGAAUCAAAUUGGAGGGCAGUGGUUUUGACAGCAUCAGUCGCAUACCCGUUAUCAGAGAAGGUGAAACAUUGUAUAACUUGAAGCCCAAAAAGGACAAGGUUCUCCAUAAGCUGCUCGUUGAAGUCAAGCUGGGCUCAGACAAUGUCAAGUAUAUCACUUUCCGCUCUCCAUUACUCUUGGAGAAUAAUACGCAAAUACCUGUUGAGAUGGGAAUUUUCAGCCCCGAAGAUGGCCAUUUGCUGAAGAUUGAGAAGAUUCAACCGGGUGAUGCUCGACCUGCACCAGUUGGGUCCGCAUUCCUACAUCAGCUUGUCGUGCGCCCUGACCAAGGCUUCGGAUACGAUUGGUCGAAUGAACAAUUAUAUUGGAAAGACCUUUUGCGCCGACCAACGAGGACAAUUACAUGCAAAAGUGAGAGUGGGCAGCAGGCUCCACCGUUUUACUUCCAAUUGAAUGCUUCCUACGACAAGCGUGACCCUAUUAUCAACAACUACCCUCACAUGAAACUUCGACUAUCAGCUCCGGUUGAGAUCCAGAAUCUGCUACCUUACGAUUUCAAAUAUCGCAUCUAUGACAAGAAUACUCGCAAGGAUUGGACCAACUUCCUCAGACGGGGUGGUGUCAGUCCAGUGCAUGUAGUGGAAUUGUCUCAUUUGCUUCUCCUUAGUAUCGAUCUACAAGACUCGGUAUUCAAGCAAAGCGAAUUCGCCAUCAUCAACGGUAACUCCCAAGAUUUCAGACGAGAAGAUUCGCUGGCGCUCAAGGAUGAACGGGGUGUAGAGCUAAGGCUCAAAUUGCACUACUUCAAUGUGCCGGACAGUGGAGGCGCCUUCAAAGUCAGCGUGUAUAGCCCGUAUCUUGUGCUGAACCAGACUGGGUUGAGCAUGGAAGUUCAAAGCAAAGGAUUCAUGCAAUCUGCCAGAUCGUCAGCCGGGCAAGGCAUUGAUGCUGACUCGGCAGCUGGCCACGCCAAACCUUAUAUGUAUUCCUAUCCUACCGAUGACCAGAAGAACCGAUCGAUUAUUAAGAUAGGCGACUCAAAAUGGAGCAAGCCUCAAAGUUUCGAUGCGAUCGGCAGUACAUUCGAGGUUAUCGUUGGAGCGAGAACAUCACGAGCUGAAUUCCAUGCCGGAGUGUCUGUUUCGGAAGGUGAGGGCAAAUACAAACUGACGAGGGUGGUGACUAUAACACCUCGGUUCAUUCUUAAAAACAAGCUCAACGAAGAGCUUCAGGUUCGGGAACCAGGAACAUCCAACGUGUUGACGAUGAAAGCCGGAGAUCUGGUGCCUCUUCAUUUCCUUCGUCAAGUCCCUGAAAAACAGUUGUGUCUGUGCUUCCCUGGUGUCAACAAUCAAUGGUCCUCACCUUUUAACAUUGCCGACAUUGGUAUCAUGCAUGUGAAAUUAGCCAAGGCAUCUCAACGACAACGACUUAUCAAGGUGGAGAUAGUUAUGGAGAACGCAACCAUUUUUAUCCACUUGAAAAUGGAAACCAAACAUUGGCCUUAUUCUAUGCGUAAUGAAAGUGAUAUGGAGCUCAUCUUCUAUCAAUCAAACCCUAAUGUUGACGAGGAUGAGUAUGACGAUACAAACAGCGGAUGGCGGCCCAUUCGGUACCGUCUGCCACCUCGCAGUAUCAUGCCAUAUGCUUGGGAUUAUCCGGCUGCAAAGAGCAAAUCACUCAUUUUGAACUGCAACGGGAAAGAACGACACAUUCGACUGGCAGAGAUUGGAAAUUUGAUUCCUAUGCGGGUUCCAUCAAAGAACAACCCCAACGGUCAGAGCAUCAUCGACCUGAAUAUCGUUGCGGAAGGCCCGACGCAGACGUUAGUCUUGUCCAACUACAAGCCCUCAAAGAGUAUAUACAGACAACAAAAGGGUCAAACAUCCCAAGCCAGCGUUGCAACUGGCUUUGAAGUCAAGGUAGAAAACUCGGAUGUUACGUUCAAGGCACAGUUACGACUUGGUGGUGUUGGUAUUUCGCUCAUCAAUCAGAAUAUGAAAGAGUUGAUCUAUUGCACUUUCAGGGAGAUUGAGGUCAAAUUGCGCGAGAGCGAGGUAUAUCAGACUUUGGAUACUACGAUCAAGUGGAUCCAGAUUGACAAUCAACUAUACGGAGGCAUAUUCCCAAUUCUUCUCUACCCCAGUGUCGUACCAAAGACCGGAAAGGAAAUGGAGGCGCAUCCUAUCUUCCAUGUUAUGGUCACAAGAGUCAAGGACGAUUCGUAUGGUGUCUUGUAUAUCAAAUAUGCCACGUUACUUUUACAACAGAUGACUCUCGAGCUAGACGAGGACUUUGUUUUUGCCAUGCUGGACUUUGCAAAAGUGCCAGGUGCUUCUUGGUCUAUUGAACAAGAGGGCAAACUCUGUGAUGAAGAUCUUGAUAUUCCCGAACCAAAGUACGAAGAGAAUCGACGAGACGUGUACUUUGAGCUGCUGCAUCUGCAGCCUAUGCAGUUGGAUAUUUCUUUUAUGCGCACAGAGCGGGUAAAUGCUGAAGAUAACAUUCAACCAUCGAGCCCGCUGAUGUUCUUCGUCAAUGUCAUGACUAUGUCUAUUGGCAAUGUCAACGAUGCUCCUGUCCGGUUGAAUGCACUCAUUCUAGAAAAUGCUAGGGUAUCUAUUCCCUUGCUCAUAUCCAACAUGAGAAAGCACUACACCCAAGAGUUCCUCCGUCAGAUACAUAUCGUCUUGGGAUCGGCGGAUUUCCUUGGAAACCCGGUUGGUCUUUUCAACACGGUGAGUUCAGGAGUUGCGGACAUUUUCUACGAGCCAUACCAAGGACUUGUUACCGAUCGGCCUCAAGAUCUGGGUUACGGUAUAGCCAAAGGUGCUUCUAGCUUUGUCAAGAAAUCAGUGUUUGGUUUCUCAGAUAGUAUGGCCAAAAUUACGGGUAGUAUGUCCAAGGGUCUUGCAGCUGCUACUCUAGACAAGGAGUUUCAAGAUCAACGACGCAUGUCAAAAGCACGUAACCGGCCCAAACACGCGCUCUACGGUGUCACUUCUGGUGGUAAUGCUUUUGCUAGCAGUAUUGUGAGCGGUAUUGAGGGUCUUGCACGUCAUCCCCUUCAAGGUGCAGAGAAGGGUGGAUUUGGAGGCUUUAUGAAAGGUGUUGGCGUGGGAGUGCUCGGUGUUGUGACCAAGCCAGCAAUUGGAGCAUUCGAUCUUGCAUCUAAUCUUGCUGAGGGUGUUCGAAAUACAACAACCGUCUUUGAUUCUGAAGGCCUUGACCGCGUUCGUCUUACUCGCUUCAUCGGCAUGGACGGCAUUGUCCGACCCUACUCUCAGCGUGAAGCACUCGGACAAUUCUGGCUCAAGAGUACAGACGACGGUAAAUUCUUCAAGGAAGACUACAUUGCUCAUCUCGAACUACCGGGCCGAGACAUGAUCGUUAUGUUGACGUACGAUCGUAUAUUGCUCAUCCGCUCCGACAAACUUCGCUCCGAAUGGGAGAUUAAGCUUACAGAUAUCCAAACCAUUUCCAAGGAGCGGACGGGAAUGAGUAUCACGCUCAAGGGAGGAGCUAAUGGGCCAUUUAUCCCGGUGCAGGAUGAAAGUUCUCGGAAUUGGUUGUAUAGGCAGAUCGCUAUCGCCGUUAAUGCAUUUAACGAAAAGUAUAACGCGAAGAAUUGA